AUGGCGGCGGCGGCGGGGAGGGCGCGGGCGGUGAGCCUGGUGGCGGCGGUGCGCGUGGUGGCGGCGACGGCGCGGCCGGCGUCGAGCGCAGCCGCGGCGGCGGGGAGGGCGCGGGCGGUGAGCCUGGCGGCGGCGGGGCACGUGGUGGCGGCGACGGCGCGGCCGGCGUCGAGCGCAGCCGCGGCGGCGGGAGUGGGUGCGGUGGCGUUGAUCGUGCAGGGGGAGGACACGGCCUUCGGGUCGCUGGAGUGGUGGGCGUACGCGGGCAUCUCCUGCUUCCUCGUGCUCUUCGCCGGGAUCAUGUCCGGGCUCACACUGGGGCUCAUGUCGCUCGGCCUCGUCGAGCUGGAGAUCCUCCAACGCAGCGGCACCGACGCCGAGAAGGCUCAGGCUGCUACCAUCCUUCCAGUUGUUCAAAAGCAACACCAGCUUCUUGUCACCCUGUUGUUGUGUAAUGCUGCUGCCAUGGAGGCACUUCCUAUAUUUCUUGACAGAAUGUUUCAUCCUGUUGUUGCUGUAAUAUUGUCAGUGACAUUUGUUCUUGCCUUUGGAGAGGUUAUACCACAAGCAAUCUGUACCAGAUAUGGUCUGGCAGUGGGUGCUAACUUUGUAUGGCUCGUACGCAUUCUCAUGGUCAUCUGCUAUCCAAUUUCUUACCCUAUUGGGAAGAUCCUGGACUGUGCUCUUGGGCACAAUGAGUCUGCACUUUUUAGGCGAGCUCAGUUGAAAGCUCUAGUUUCAAUCCAUAGCAAAGAGGCUGGCAAGGGUGGAGAGCUCACCCAUGAUGAGACUACAAUCAUAAGUGGAGCCUUGGACCUGACCGAAAAGACUGCUGCAGAAGCUAUGACACCUAUUGAGUCAACUUUCUCACUAGAUGUGGAUUCCAAGUUGGACUGGGAAGCGAUUGGGAAAAUUCUUGCCCGUGGUCACAGUCGUGUUCCUGUAUACUCAGGAAACCCUAAAAACAUCAUCGGUCUCCUAUUGGUUAAGAGUCUUUUGACUGUUCGUGCUGAAACGGAGACGCCAGUUAGUGCUGUUUCAAUUAGAAGGAUUCCAAGGGUUCCUUCAGACAUGCCUUUGUAUGAUAUACUCAACGAGUUUCAGAAAGGAAGUAGUCAUAUGGCUGCUGUUGUGAAGGCUAAACCCAAAACUGAACCACUCCCUGAUAAAACUGAACCAGAUAGGGAAGCAGUUGGGCCAGCACAGUUGACUGUUCCCUUGUUAUCUAAUGCUGAAGAAAGUGCAGACAAUGUGGUUGUGGAUAUCGAAAGACCACAUAACAGGCAGGUUAAUGGAAACCCAGCAUCAAACGCAGUGCCUAGGUCAUCAGAGGAUAUUGAGGACGGUGAGGUCGUUGGUAUCAUCACACUUGAAGAUGUAUUUGAAGAACUCCUACAGGAGGAAAUAGUGGAUGAGACUGAUGAAUAUGUUGAUGUUCAUAAAAGGAUCCGAGUAGCUGCUGCUGCUGCUGCAUCAUCGGUUGCAAGGGCUCCAUCUGUUAGGAGAUUAACAGGCCAAAAGGCUGCAAACCUUCAGGGAGCACAGAAUCGCCAAGGACAGCAGCCUCCUGGAAUUCUCAAGAAACCCACUGACGGUGAUUCAAACCCAUCAAAACAAGUGAACCUUGUGGAACCUCUUCUGGAAAAGAGGAGCCACUGCGGCGCUGUCCGCCGCCUCCGGGCAGAGGGCGAGCUCGCGUCCUGCGCGGCGUGCGGCAGGGUCCUCCUGGACCUGCAGCUGCAGAAGGAUGCGGUGGCGGCUCCACCUUCAUGGCAGCUGCGGCGGCGCCAGAGGACGGCUCAAGACGGCGCCGUGGGUCGGGACGUCGGCGCGAGCCGCGAACGUGGAGAUAUAUCGGACGCUGAGUCCACAUCACCAGUACGAGAGGAUCGAUGGAUUGAGAAGAAGUAA